GCCCACACGCAUGCGCGGGGCGGGAAACGCGCUCCCGCGCUGGAGCUGGGCCGGGCCGGGUCGCAGCAGACAUGAAGGUCAUCACUUGCGAGAUAGCGUGGCACAACAAGGAGCCUGUGUACAGCUUGGACUUCCAGCACGGAACUGAUGGGAAGAUCAACCGACUGGCCUCCGCAGGUGUGGACACAGCUGUCAGGAUCUGGAAAGUGGAAAAAGGACCGGAUGGAAAAGCUAUUGUGGAAUUCUUGUCCAAUCUCGCCCGCCAUACCAAAGCAGUAAAUGUCGUGCGCUUCUCUCCCAGUGGUGAAGUCCUUGCAUCUGGUGGAGAUGAUGCUGUUAUUUUAUUAUGGAAGCUGAAUGAUAGCAAAGAAUUGGAACCACUGGCUUUUCAGGAUGAAGAUGAAGCUCAGCUUAACAAGGAGAACUGGACAGUUGUUAAAACUUUAAGAGGCCACUUAGAAGAUGUGUAUGAUAUCUGUUGGACUUCAGAUGGGAAUUACAUGGCGUCUGCCUCUGUAGAUAACACGGCUAUCAUGUGGGAUGUCAUUAAAGGACAGAAGGUUUCAAUAUUAAAUGAACACAAGAGUUAUGUCCAAGGAAUAACCUGGGAUCCUCUAGGCCAGUACAUUGCAACUCUGAGUUGUGAUAGGGUUCUGCGGGUAUACAACACACAAACCAAGCGUGUGGCAUUCAAUGUUACCAAGAUGCCAUCUGAGUCAGGAGCUGAAGGAGAGGCUAGGAGCUAUCGGAUGUUUCAUGAUGACAGCAUGAAAUCAUUUUUCCGCAGACUCAGUUUUACUCCUGAUGGUUCCUUACUGCUCACUCCAGCUGGCUGUGUUGAAUCGGGAGAAAAUGUGACAAACACCACUUAUGUUUUCUCCAGAAAUAAUCUUAAAAGGCCCAUGGGUCAUCUGCCCUGUCCAGGAAAGGCAACUCUUGCUGUUCGCUGCUGCCCAGUCUACUUUGAGUUGAGACGAGCACUUAAUAAAGAUGAAAUCAGUCAGAAAUCAUCGCCCGCUCUAUUGAAUCUACCCUAUCGAUUGGUGUUUGCUGUUGCUUCAGAAGAUUCUGUGCUUUUUUAUGACACUGAGCAGUCUUUCCCUUUUGGUUAUGUUUCUAACAUACAUUAUCACACCCUCAGUGACAUUUCAUGGUCCAGUGAUGGAGCCUUUCUUGCUAUUUCUUCUACGGAUGGAUACUGUUCGUUUGUUACCUUUGAGAAGGAUGAACUGGGAAUACCACUGAAGGAAAAGCCUCAAAUAAAUGUCAGGACUUCUGGUGCAACAGAGAAGAAAGUGAAGAAGAGUCAACCACACAAAGUCAUUUCCCCAGGCUCAAGGCUGACAGAGGGAACUCCUCUGAGCGCUCCCACUCUCCAACCUAAAACGCCUGUAGCGGCUGCUAAGGACUUGCCUUUCACACCUGUUGGCACAAAAAGUGUUCCAGUCUCAUCUUCAGAGGAGAGGAAAAUCAGCCAGCCGGCCAGCCAGAGUACUAAAGGAAACCAGCCCAGGAGGAUUACUCUCAACACUUUACAAGCGUGGAGCAAGACGCCAAGGAGAAUAAACUUGGUAUCACUGAAGCCAGAAACACCAGCCUCAGUAUAUACAGACACGGUUCCUGUGCCUCCUUCCUCAGAACAGGAACAUGAGAGGCCAUUACCAUCUGAUGACAGUCUUCAAAAUUCCCCAGCAUCUAAACGUCCUAGAACUGAGGAAAUGCCUCUUUCUGUGUCUGCUGAAGAUCAGAUCGGCUGCAAACCAAACAAAUAACAGCUGGUUUCUUAGAAGACUCUUCAAUCUGAACACAGUGCGGCCGUAUCUUUCUGCAAAUGAUAAAUCCUCAAUUCCUGAUUGAAGUACUGUAUGAGUAUUUGACAUAGUGCUGUGAGUAGUCUGGCAGCAGUAGGCAGUUUUCAGGAACGUAGCUUUACGGAAGAGGAAAUAACUCUGAAGUGUCUUCAAAGUGUGGAUCUAUUUCUUGAAGACUGCGUUCUUUGAUGCUGCAGUUCAAGGAAAUCAUGCAAAUUUGGCUAUCAAAAAGCCAUACCCUAACCUAAGUGUUUCCAUCUGAAUUUCCUGAGUUGGUGUUUAUAAUGGAUCGUGUCCUCCAGCAACCUGUCUGGCAAGUAAAUAGAAUUUCUCAGGAAUUGGGUUCAUUCUGAUUUGAUGUUGCUUAAGGAAAAUGGAAGAAACAAAAUACCUGAAGCUGUUUCACUGGGGCAGUUGGCUUAUACAUUGUAACAGUGUGCUGAAUAAUCGGUGCUCUCCUGUACCUGUGGAAUGGAAGCAAACCUUCUUACGCUCUGAAUGUGGCAGCAUGCAGUGUGGCUGAUACUGAAAUAGAAAUCAGAAGCUAGAACAGCAAAAAAACAGAAAGCAGAAGGAAAACGUUUUCUGAAGACCUGUUAUAAGCAUUGAGCAGUGGAAGAAGCUUCUUCACUGAACGAGGAAGUGUCUCUAUUUACAAAAAUGAAGACAUGACAUUUUCCUGAGGCACCAAGAUUUGAAUUUGUACACUAAAAGUGCACAAAAAGCUUUCCCCAGUUCUUUUUUUAUAACUCAAAUUGUUUUGGCCAACAAAAUAAAACAUGAAUCCAAUGUAUGUUACACUUUUAAAAUCUGAUUUAUUUAAUAUUUCCUAUAAUUAAACUAUGACCUACAGUUGGAAACCACUGCACUGAAUUUUAUCUGGUGUGUGAAGACUCCAGAAGUAGAGUGCUCAGCCACAGCAUUCCAAGCCUAUCCAUUUCAUUAGUUUUGUUUAAUAUCAGGUAUUUAUUUGUGAGAAGAUAAUACUUAAAAUGUAAAUAGUUAUUCUAGUAAAUAGUUAUAUCUAGUUAAUGAUAACAUGUAGACAAAAAAUUCUCUUGUGAUUUAGUCCAUACUUUUCUGUCAUGAAGUUCUGAGAUGCAUGGGAGGGGAAAGCGAGAAUGGGUAUUAAAUCUCUUCGAUUUCCCUGGAUUUGAUUGUUUUUCAGGUGUCUAAUUAAUGUUUGUUUUCUGUCAUUCUCGAAGCGUAUAAAUGCAUCAGACAUGCAGAAAUAGAAAUGUUUCAAAAGUGUUUCAUAAAAAUUCCACAAAGAAAUGCUUACAGAUACCUAUCCCCCAAAAAGUUUCAGGCAAAUAGGAAUAUGUUAACUACAAUCAAACUUCAACAGGAGUUAAUAGGAACUAACUGUAUUUUUCUUUAAACCACUGAGAUGAGGGUAGAACUUUACUAGACCUAGCUACAUCUGAAACAGUUUUUUUCCCUGAAGUCUGUAGAAAUAAAAUUUGUAGAGAUCUGAAUUGUUAGCUAAAAAGCAAAUAUUUGUAACUAAUACAGUAAUGCAUUUGUGGUAGUUGUUUUUUUUGUUUGUUUGUUUGUUUUAUAUCUGUUGCUAACACAACACUGCGUGGUUUGGGGUUUUUUUUUUUUGCUUGAGUUAUAAGAACAGCAGUAUUUCAUGUUUCUGUGGGACAGCGACCCACUUAAUACUUCAGAGAUUCAUUUUGUGCACUGCAAAGGAUCCUUUGAGUUCAAACUUACAUUUCUAAAUGCUGAUUGCAAAGCUAUCCUAUUGGUUGCUUUGCUUUUUCUUUUUUUUUUUUUGUUUUCUUACAAAUUGCAUUUUGUCAUGAGCUUCUUUCUGUUGAAAGCUGUAAGAUUGAAUAUGUUAUUUAAGUGUUAAUGACAUAACAGGCCUUUGUGCUCUUUGAAUGUAAUUACUUACCAGAGUAUUAGUCUUCGUUUCAUGCCACACACGUUCUGGUAACACCCACAUUUGUUUAUAUAGUUACUAGCCUAUUUUCUCACUGCUUUGCAAUGCAAUUGGAUUGGUAGAUUUAUUGACACUUUCACUGCUUCCAUUUGGAGAUUAUUUCCACAUCAUCAUCUCUGUCAUAAUGUUACCUGGUAUUUUUUCUUUCCUAACAAGGACUUCUUUCAUUAGGUUUAGUUUUUCUUCUGCUACUAUAAUUUCAUACUUCCCUUUUCUAUUCAUUCUCUGUUAGUUAUGUUCUACUUUGUUGUUAAGAGGCAGCAAAUCAGUUUUAAACUUGGGAACUGCAGAACUCUUCACUGGGUGUCCAGAACCUGCACCCAGUCAAAAAUAUUUUGUAGUUGUAUGUAUCAGUAUCCUCGCAGCAAAUCCCCUGAAAGACCAAAUAAACAGGAUUUUGAUACCGAUUUGUGUUCUCUGAGGUGAAAGUAGCACCAUCUUCUGUACCUGUUGGGCCACGAUGCACAGGGAUUACUGAGUCUCCCUGUCUCUGGAGACAAUCGCUGUAGGGCUGGAUGGGGCUCUGAACAACCUGAUGGAGAUGUAGGUGUCCCUGUUCACUGCAGGGAUGUUGGACCAGAUAGCCUUGAAAGGUCUCUUCCAACUCAGAAUGGUGUUGCUGCUGUGCCUGCUUCAUGACCAUCCCCAUCUCUUGGCACCGAUUCAUCUGCCUUUUUACUGUAAGACUGUUUCUGCUUCAGUCGGGUGAUGAGCUUCCAGAGGCAUUCCAAGGAGCUGCUUGUCACAAGGAAAGAAACCAUCAUCUUUUUUUUUACUGCGACUUGCAAGAUUGUCAUCAUCCAUCAAGAGAGCAAAUUUUAUUUGCCUGUUUCUCUGUGGACUCCUAGCAAAAAGUUACGGCUCUUUUUCCAAAGCCCAGUCUCCACACCAUGUGGGCAGCAGCAGGAGCACCAACUUCUGCCAGCUCAGUCAGGGACUUUUCCAUAGCAAAUAUCUACCUUGCAGGAGAUGCACGUUCUGUUUAUGUUGUGACUUCAGGGUCACUUGAGACCAUAGGAAAUCUUAGCAGACACUUUGAUCUAUUUAAUGAAAGGACUUGACACCCAGGCUUCUAUCAGACAGAUUGCUUACCAAGAGCGCCAGAGAUUCUGUGGAUAAAAAGAACCUUCAAACCUUGGAAUCACCUCAGAUAUUCUUCAGACAAAAUCCCUGUAGGAGCAAUCAUGAACCAUAUAGUUCUGUUGUUGCCUCUCCUGCUUUUCUUGCUGUAAAGGCAGACAUCUCUCAGGCACUGGUCUUCCUAUUUAGUCACGUAAGGCUUUUGGACUCAGGGUGGCUCAGUCGUUUGUGAUGCCUUGCAGUCCUUUCAGCUUGUGCUUCCUGGGGGUUCCCUCCAUAAGAGUUUACUAGGACUGUUAGCAUGCAAAUUUCAGUAAAAUCAUUAACUCCUUCACACUAUGGAGGAAUUGCCCAUUAACCCCUGGGGCUUAAGCUAUCCCAUGCAUUUUGAGAAUGAGGAAGGCCAUAAUAAGAGCCUUCAAACUGUGUUGGGUCUUGAUGUCAAAUGGAAUGAUCGUCUUUCUUCAGAGGCUAUAAAGGCAGGUUAUGAACUCUUGACAGAAUAUGUCCUGAAACUUCCAAGAUGAAGCCACUUCUGAUGGAGCAAAAACUGUUGAGUGGAGUUUUUUUUCUGAUGAAACGUAAUCUUCCUUUGGAUGCUACUCAAGCAACCACAUAGAGAUUUCUUAAAUGUUAUGUUACAGGAAAGGCAUGAGAAUUGUUGCCAUUCUCGGUAGAAGCAGUGCCACCGUUGUUUUCCAUGUGAAGGAUUCAGAGCUUCUCUCUCCAAGUAAAUUUAACCACAUACAUUUUUCAGCCUGUUUGGCACCGUGGAGACCACAGUGGAGCGCUGCAUCCAGUUCUGGCCUCUCCAGAAAUAUGGAGCUCUUGGAGGAACCCUCAUGAAAGGCCACUAAGAUGAUGAAGGGGUCUGGAGCAUCUCCCUAUGAGGAAAAGUUGAGAGAGCUAGGACUGUUCAAGCUACAGAAGAGAUGGGUUGUGGGGAUCUCAUCAGUGCCUAUAAAUACCUGGAAGGAGGUUGUUAAGAAGAUGGAGCCAGACUCUUCAGUGGUGCCAGUGAGAGGAUAAGAGACAACGGGCACAAGCUGGAACAAAGUUUUCCUUUUUCAGUUACAUGUACCUUACUUAACUGACCUUUUAAAAGGUCAUCUUUAUGUCUCAAUUCUGCAUGUUAUUUUAUUUUAAAUGCGUCUAUGUAAUCAUUUACCAAUGUCAGAAGAAAAAAAAAGUUCUUUGUUCUUUUGAUCUAUUUUGAUCUAUGUGCCCUUUUUUCUUUUGUUGAUGAGUUAUUGUUUAGUUGUACGAAGUUCAGCCCUUGGCUCUAAAAAGCCCUAGCUGCAGCUCCAAGUGAGAUGUAAAAACAAAGUGCAGAGUGCCCACUAGAUGCCGCUGUUCUAACAGGAUUCUUCCUCUUGCGGUUAUGGCGGAGAGUGAUCCAGGCAGCAAGAAAACAGGUUUUAGUAACA